UUUCCGUGAACCAUCGGUACCUCAACAUGGCGAUCGCCUCUCUACGAAGCUCUACGUCCGCGUUGUUUUUAUGCACCAGACGGUUAUUCAGCCCGGAGCUGAAUGCCCUCUGUUCAUACCACAAAAAGGUGGUGGACCACUAUGAAAACCCAAGAAAUGUGGGAACUCUAGACAAAAGAUCCAAGAAUGUGGGGACUGGAUUGGUGGGUGCACCAGCCUGUGGCGAUGUAAUGAAACUACAGAUCCAGGUGGAUGAAAAUGGAAAGAUUGUUGAUGCAAAGUUUAAGACAUUUGGCUGCGGAUCAGCCAUCGCCUCCAGCUCUCUUGCAACAGAGUGGGUGAAGGGGAAGUCGGUUGAUGAAGCUCUAAAGAUCAGAAACACAGACAUUGCCAAAGAACUCUGCCUUCCGCCAGUCAAGCUUCAUUGCUCCAUGCUUGCAGAAGAUGCCAUAAAAGCAGCGCUGUCAGACUACAGAAUAAAACAACAGGACAAGAAGAAGAAGGAACAUGUCCAUGCCAGCAGUUAAUGAGUUAUUAAACAUCUAUUAUGUCUCAGUACCAGCCAUGUAAUGUUUCUCUUCAGUGCUGUUUGGAAGAUUGGUCACCAUAAUACUACAUCAGGUUUUGCCACCUCUUUUGGGAGUGAUAUACCCUUUUAUCAAUCUUUUUAAAAAUAGCAGAUGAUGGUGGUGUUUCCUACACAGAAUACAAAGGAGACCACAAAUCAGAAACUAUGGACCAGGAUGUGUUUAUCUUUUAUUUUGGGCAAUUAGGCAGUAUUUGGCUUGUUUGUAUAAAAUCACUGGUCCCACAUGGAGGAUUCUGUUUAUAGAUGCAGUUCGGUCGGCGGCUUAAGUACACACACAAAAUCAUGAUACAGAAUAUUGUAUGAGUCUGUGUGUUUAUUGCGACUCAAAUUCUAUAUUUAAAAAUAAAAAUAAAAAAUGUC